CAAUAUGGACUUAAAUCAAGAUCUUAGAGUAAAGAGAAUGAAGAAGAAAGCAAGAUUUGUUAGGCUAAAUCCAACUCAAGACCUACUUUCGAUAAAAUCCUAAUUCUAAGACCAGAAACAAUCGUUUUUCACCUAUCUCCUCAUCCUUCUUCGUAACCCCAUCACCUUCGCGGCCUAAUCUCUCACCGACCAUUACUGCAUGCCCUUUAAAGCCCCUUGCUCAGCCUAAAAAUGAUCCAAAAUCUCCUCCAAAACUGAAAAAUUACAGGAAAUUUAAUGUAAAUCUCCACAUACCUAAGCAAAUGGUUCCAAAAUGGGGCUAUUGCCAGAAUCUGGUCAAUAGAAACCCAUUGCAUUGCUCCAUUGGGUUCUCCAGAAUUGGCAAGGACUUAUACAACGAGUACGCUAGCCAAGACCUUAAAGAAACGAAGGAUAAUAUCAAAGUUUUAAAAGCAAAAUAAAGCUAAAGGGAAAUAUUUUGAAACUCCUGUGAUUAAGCUAGUCAAGCACCCCAAGCUAGAAGCUAACACUGGGGUAAAUAUCGUUACUGGAGAUCAGUUCAAGUGAACUUUUGAGGAGAAGCCUAGUUUGAGUCAUCCGAAAGAGAGUAAAAAGGACUUAGAAAAGCCAGUUACGUUCUGAAAUACCUCUUUGUCACACUUGCUUAAGUACCCUUCAAAGAAAAAGCCGAAUUUCAAUCUGUCUUCAGAGAAUGAGCCUAUAUUUCACAAGACAACUAAGAUCCAGAAUUACACCUUCAAGCAUGACAAAUAUCGAUCGAAUCUCGAAUGAGAUUUUAACUUGAGCUAUUUCUCAGAGAACAGUCACAAAGAUUCUGGGUGUAAAGAGAGGUCUAGACAUAAGUACAAGAACACAGGAAGGGUAAUCAAGCCAAGACUUGUGAACCAUAACAAAAAUUUAUUCAUUCAGGCACCUAAACGAGGGAAAGGGAGGCAGAAGUAUGAAAGAAAAGAUACCAAAACUCCAUUAAACAGAACUAUGAAGUUUAGUUUCCUACCUAAAUCUGUACUUGAGAGUGAAGUUAUGCAACAAAAUAGCCAGAAUAUUAAUUUUGAGAGAUUCAUUAAAAAAUCCUAGAAUCAACUUAGAA